AGUUUGUAAACGAGAGUUACCUCCAUAUUUGUUGCCAUAGACGUUUACGGUUUGAUGAAAAAAUGUCUACAUUGUCACAAUUUCUACCACAACCCUCUCAGAAAGUGUACGAUCGGGAUGACGAAGAUGAAGAACGACAUAAACUUUACAUGCAGCAUGUGACUGUAAAGAGCAUACGUGCUGCACCUCCGUAUGGACACAGGAAGAACUGGAUCCCAAGGACUCAAGAAGACUUUGGCGAUGGCGGGGCUUUUCCUGAAAUCCAUGUGGUUCAGUACCCACUUGGAAUGGGCCUUAAAAAGUCGAGUUCGAAUUCUUUGGCUAUGCAACUGGAUUCACAAGGAAAAAUUAAAUACGAUGCAAUCGCCAAACAGGGUCACGGUAAGGAUAAAGUUGUUCAUUCUAAAUUUCAAGAUCUUGUUCCUAAAAAUGUUGACGAUAAUGAUCCAGAACUGGAACGUCCAGAUACAGAAAAAAUUGAGGAAACAACGGAGAAAACAAGACUGGCACUGGAGAAAAUUGUUUCCAGUAAAAUGUCAGCUGCAAUGCCUGUACGUCACGCUGAUAAGCAGGCUCCAGCCCAAUAUAUUAGAUACACACCUUCACAACAAGGAGUCUCGUAUAAUUCUGGUGCUAAACAAAGAAUUAUACGCAUGGUUGAUGUUCAGAAAGAUCCAAUGGAACCAGCGCGUUUCAAAGUAAACAAAAAAAUUCCAAGGGGUCCCCCUUCACCACCUGCACCUGUUCUUCAUUCUCCCAACAGAAAAGUAACUGUUAAAGAACAGCAGGAAUGGAAAAUACCACCUUGUAUAUCUAAUUGGAAAAAUGCUAAAGGUUAUACAAUUCCUCUUGAUAAACGGUUGGCUGCUGACGGUCGAGGUUUACAAGGUGUACACAUCAACGAAAACUUUGCUAAAUUAGCCGAAGCCUUGUAUAUAGCUGACAGAAAAGCUAGAGAAGCUGUUGAGAUGCGAGCGCAAAUUGAGAAAAAAAUGGCUCAGAAAGAAAAGGAGAAAAAAGAAGGUAAUUUGCGUUUACUUGCCCAGAAAGCCCGUGAAGAACGCGCUGGAAUUCGUAGGGAAGAAAAAGAAGAAGAGGUUGCCGAAAGAGAUGAACUGCGAAAAGAGAGAUCAAAAGACAGACAACGAGAUCGUAAUUUGGCCAGAGCUGCACCUGAUAAACGAUCUAAAUUGCAACGUGAAAGAGAACGUGAUGUCAGUGAAAUUAUUGCGUUAGGUCUUCCAAAUACAGGAGUUGGAGACUCUCAGGAAGUUCAGUUUGAUCAGAGACUCUUUAAUAGAACUAAAGGAAUGGACAGUGGGUUUGGUGAUGAUGAGGCCUAUAAUGUGUAUGAUAAACCCUGGCGCCAAGAUCGAAGUAUUGCUGAUUCGAUUUAUAAACCAUUCAAAAAUGCUGAUAAAGAGAUGUAUGGUGAUGAUCUUGAAACAAUUAUGAAAACAAAGAGAUUUGAAGCAGAGAAAGGUUUUGCCGGAACUGAUAAAUCACGGAAGCGAGAUGGCCCUGUUCAGUUUGAAGAAGAUCCUGAUCCUUUUGGUUUAGAUAAAUUCUUAACGGAAGCCAAACACGGAGGACAAAAACGUCCUACUCAUGUGGAUUCCCGAUCCAGUAGUAAAGACUAUGAAUCAAGUCGAAGCAAACAAAGGCGACGCGAAUAAUUAAUUUUAAGAAGUAUGGAUUAAAGUUUCAUUACAACUCAGAUAUGUCACAGACGUAUUUUUGUCAAACUUCAGUUUCCAAACGUCAAGAUAAUGAAGAGAGUCUCAAAUACUGUUGUUUUCUUUGAAGAAAUAAUUGAAACUUGAGACAUUUUUUUUUUUUUGUAAAUAUUAUCUGUAAGUUGGAAAAUAAUUUCUAUAACUAUAAAAACCUGAGGAAGAAAAUGAUUUCCUCUUUGCUUGUCAUAUAGGAAUUUGAUGUACCGUUUUUUGACAAUAUAGAAUAAUUAUUUAUUUUACAGAUUUUAUUUUCUUUGCUGUACAGUUAAAAUACCUCUGACUUAUAGUAUGUGAAUGCUAAAUUCAAUGUCUCCCAUGGAAAGUUUGAGGCUGUGGUUUCAUUAUAUUCUACAUUAACAAGCAGACACAUGCAUGCAAACAUUCAUGCAAAUAUGUAUUCAUGGAUACAAUUUUAUUGUUUGUAAACAUCAGUAAGUACUUAAAACAAUUCGGUCUACAUCUGGUGCCUCUUGUAAUUGGUUGAAUUAAAAAGGCGGUGUAUGUCAUCACUGUGCCAUAUUCCUGUACCGCCAGCUAACAACUACAUUACUCGGCUGUAACUCUGGUUUAGAUUUACAUAAACAUCAUAUCCUACAGUGAAUUGAAGCCUAUAAGUGACAAAUUUUAUUUGAUUUAUUUCUAAAACAUCAUUCAACAUUUUUCCCUUCCAUUCCAGCUUUUUUUUUUUCUGAACAUUUAACCAAUUAAAUCAAUACAUUUCUAUAAAUAUACCAGUCAAUUUA